UUACCCCUUAAAACUCAUAUUUAAUUAAUCCAUCUCCUCCUUCGCAAACGUCCUUUCAAAGUCCAAACCUUUUUGCUCAUUCAGCGGCUUUGACCUUGAGAUUUAGUUUCUUGUUUUCCAAAUCCCACCUACUCGUUUUUUUUUCAUCAGCCCUUUGAUUUCGGUCUAAUAUUAUCGAGAAAAAGGGGGAAACUUUAGGGUUUUUUUGGGGGUAUUUUGUACGAAAAUACCGAAGAAACAGAACCGUAUUUUUGCCAAGACAAUGUUCUUGUCGCAAAAAGCAUGCAAUAGACGUGAGUUCCUCAACAAAAAAUCAAGUGUCGAGAAAAGUUUCUAUUUUUGGAUCUUCCAAAUCAUCAACAGAUAUAGCUCUUCUGCAACGUGAUUGGUUCUUGUCUGUAUGUUUUUUUGGAUAACAAUAGAUUUUUUUUUUCUUGGGUGAGGGUUCUUUCUUGUGUCACAAGUAACUAGCACUGCUACAGCAGAGUGUGAUUUCUCCUGCAAAAAAAUGGCAAGUUCAUCGUUACCUCCGGGAUUUCGAUUUCAUCCUACCGACGAAGAACUCGUCGGGUAUUACCUGAAAAGAAAAGUCGAAGGGCUUGAGAUCGAGCUAGAAGUCAUCCCCGAGAUCGAUCUAUACAAAUUUGAUCCUUGGGAACUACCAGACAAGUCAUUUCUGCCGAACCGAGACAUGGAGUGGUUCUUCUUCUGUCCGAGGGACAAGAAGUAUCCGAACGGUUCCCGGACGAAUAGGGCAACAAAGGCGGGUUAUUGGAAAGCAACCGGAAAAGACAGGAAAAUAACGUGCCAUUCCUCGGUCUCGGGCUAUCGUAAAACACUGGUUUUCUACGAGGGUCGUGCCCCGUUGGGCGAUCGAACUCAUUGGGUCAUGCAUGAAUAUCGUCUAUCCGAUGACGAUCUUUCUCGUGGAUCAAAGAAUUCAAAGGGCUGUGCUUUUGCGUUGUGCCGCGUGGUUAGGAAGAACGAGCAAAAGGGUACUAAUUACCUCGAGAAAAAUCCACGAGAUAAAAAAUUUCCGAAUGAACAAAUGGUCGACCAAACGCCAUCGUUUACCUCGUGUAACCCUAAUUUUACCACGGCGGACUCUUGUAACAUUUGGAUUUCUCCCGAUUUUAUCCUUGAUUCGUCAAAGGAUUAUCCCCAGAUUCAAGAAGUUGCGUCCGAGUACUUUCCUAAGCAUGAUUUCUCGUGUGCUAAUAACGAAUGGGAGGGAGUCGAUUUUUCGGCCAGUCCAUGGUGUUCGAACGUGGAUCACAACAUUGAUCAAUCGGUGCAAACCUGUUACUGGACGAAUAUUGGAUACGGAGAUGGGCACUACAGUGGUUACAAUAACCAAACGGGCUCAUUCGAUUGAUCAAAAGACCGUGGUUUACAGCUUUUGAAUUUGGUUAUUACAAAAAAAACAUGCAUGGAGAAGACGAGUACGUAAAAUUGGACUCCAAGACGACGCUUUUUAACGUUGAGCUUUUGGAGGAAACGUAUAAGGCGUUUGAAUGGAAGUCUCUCUCUCUCUCUCGGACUUUUUUGUUUAUAUAAAGGAAAUUUUAU